AUGGAUAUGACCAGCGCAAAUUCGUUAAAUAUGCGGCCCUUCUUCUCCGGAUACCCAUUCCAAGGUCAGGGUCGUGUCAAUCAACUCGGCGGUGUAUUCAUCAACGGCCGACCGCUACCGAAUCAUAUACGUUUGAAAAUUGUCGAAAUGGCCGCUAACGGUAUAAGACCAUGUGUGAUCUCACGUCAGCUACGCGUUUCGCAUGGCUGUGUAUCGAAAAUAUUAAAUCGUUACCAGGAAACCGGUUCAAUACGACCGGGUGUGAUAGGCGGUUCUAAACCGAAAGUUACAUCGCCGGAAAUCGAAGCGCGCAUCGAGGAGCUACGCAAAGCCAAUCCGGGUAUAUUCAGUUGGGAGAUACGCGAGAAGCUGAUCAAGGAGGGUUUCACCGAUCCGCCAUCUACAUCGUCCAUCAGUCGUCUAUUGCGAGGUAAUGAUCGAACCAGUGAAGAUGGACGCAAGGAUUAUAGUAUACACGGCAUAUUAGGUGGACGCGACUCAGAUAUCAGCGAUACCGAAUCGGAACCUGGCAUACCGUUGAAACGUAAACAACGUCGGUCGCGCACCACAUUCACCGCCGAACAAUUGGAGGCACUCGAGCGCGCGUUCACACGCACACAGUAUCCAGAUGUGUAUACACGCGAGGAACUUGCACAGACUACGGGACUCACAGAGGCGCGCAUACAAGUAUGGUUUAGUAAUCGACGUGCGCGUCUACGCAAACAUUCCGGCGGUUCGGGUACCGGGCUUUCGCCCAUGAAUGGUGGCGGCAGUGGCGCCGGUGUACCUGGUGGCGUAGGCGGCGGUGCUGCUGCCACAGCGCCACUCGGUUUUGGUCCACUAGCCGCAGUCGGUUCCAUGGCUGGCUACAGUCCCGCCGCCGCGAGUACUGCUAGCGCGGGCAUGAAUGAAAAUCAUGCGGCGCAUGCAGCGGCGGCUGCAGCCGCAGCAGCUGCUCAUCAUCCGCACCAUCACACGCAAAUGGGCGGCUAUGAUUUGGUGGCGCAGUCGGCGCAACAUGGAUUUGCUAGCAGUUUUCAGCACGGACAUUUCGGCGGUCAGAAUUACUAUCAUCAAGAUUACUCUAAACUCUCUAUCGAUGACUUCUCUAAACUGACGCUGGAGAAUGCUUCGAAAAUUUCACCAUCCCUCUCACAUCUAACCGGCGAGAACUAUUCGAAACUGGACACCACCACGAAUUGGUCACAAGCCGCUUAUCAUCUGAAUCAAUCGGCAGCAGCGGCUGCCAACUAUAAUGCUGCCGCAGCUCAUCACGCGCAUGCGGCUGCCGCUCAACACACACUCAAUGAUUACGCGGCGGCUGGCGCUGCGGCAGCGGCGCACAACAAUCAACUAAACAGCGCAGCAGCAGUCGCUGCGGCGGCGUAUAAUCAUCCACUACCCACGCAGGCGCAGGCAAAGUAUUGGUAA